CAUCUCCGCAUCAGGCUUAGGGACCACUCGGUUCCUCCGGUUCCAAUACCGGUACUUGCAACCUCGCCGCUGGCUUACAACAUUGGCUUUGCCUGUUGUUUCAGCUAUCCUGCACUGUCAUAAUAUCAGCAGGCAGGGUGGCCCAUGGCGAGUCUCAGACCCGCGACGAUGCAUCUGCGCUUCGUGACCAGCCUCGCGGCACAGCCCGCCUGUGACGGGGCGCUGCUGGCGUCGCGAGGCAUCACCCCGCUACUCUCUCUAGGAACUGGUCUGCCGGGCAAGGGCAGCUCAAGCCUUGGCGCCGCUGACUACGCCUUUGGCGCACUCCAGCCCUUCGGCACCUGGUCCGGGUCCGGCCACGGCGGCGCCUGCGCGUGCGCUGACUGCGCCUCCUCGGCUCAAGAACACGUGGGGCCCCAGUCGUGCGCAUCAUCUGUCAAACACGCUUCUCACACAGCAGCACCCGCGCCAGACCCAGUAAGCCCCCAGCACGCGGACUCCGGGCUCAGCCUGCCAGCCUCGGCACACCGUGCGCCUGCUACUGCCGCCGGCCAGACGCGGCAGCCGCUACAGCCGCUGGGGCUAGUGCCGCCCAGACCGGCCGUCGGCCACAGAGACCCUUCACCUCUAAUGCUAGCCGCCGUUCCCGGCGGCGUCCUGCCCGGCUCUCACGCGGUUCGGGGCCUGCUGCAAUCGCGGCUACAGCCUCAGCCUCAGCAACAGGCACUGCUACAGCCCAACCCGCAUCACCACCACCAGCAGCAGGUGCGGCAGCUUUCGGACUGGCGGCGCAUGCUGCCCACGUGGCAGGACUUCCGCAACUCUGCGGAGGGCCCCUAUCGACAGGUGACCAACUUGUUUCUGGCCAUCAACGUGGCCACCUACCUGGUGGCGCGGACGGACCGCUCCGUGGUGCUGGCCAUGGCUGCAAUCCCACACGAGGUGGCUCGUGGCGAGUGGCACCGCCUGCUCACGGCGGGCUUCCUGCACACCGACUUCCUGCACCUGCUGUCCAACAUGCUGGCGCUGCACUGGCUGGGUCCGGACCUGGAGUCCGCCGCCGGCCGCGGCCGCUUCGCCGCCAUUUACCUGCUGAGUGUGGUGGCGGGCAGUGCGGCGCAGUACGCCUGGGGGGGCUGGGGGACGGUGUCGUGGGGCGCGUCAGGCGGCGUGGCGGGUCUGUUUGCCGCCUACGUGACGUAUCGGCUGCGCAACCGCAACUACACGGGGUGGAGCAGCGCGGACAUGUCCUGGGUGGCGCAGGUGGUGGGUCUGAACGUGGUGCUGUCGAUGGUGGCUGGAGGCUCCCUGGCGCACUGGGCUCACCUCGGUGGUGCGCUGGGCGGCGCGGCGGCGGUGCUGCUGCUGGGGCCACGCUACCGCUGGCGGAACGGCUUCGUUGUCGACGAGCCACUGCUGCCGCUGUUCCGCAGCAGGCGGUAGGGCGGGGGCUGGUAGGGGGUUUGUAAAUACCAGCCCAAACUCAACCAAACCGGGGGGGGAGGAGACGUGAAGGGGGCGUGAGGGAUGCUGUCGCUGUUUCGCAGUCGGUGGGAGGGAGGUAGGAGGAGAGGAGGCGUGUGUGUGUGUGUGCGGGGGCCGUGAGUGGCGCUUCCGGUGUUCUUCCGCAGCCGGCGGUAGGGAGCUAGGGCGGCUAGGUAGGGGCGCGGGCUGGCGGGAGAGGCGGCCACGAAUGCGGCUGGCGUGCUGCGUCUGUGUCAUCGCAGGUGCAAGGCGCUUGGUGGUUCAGCGUGAGGCGGAUGGCUAGGUGCGUGUUGGUUUUGGCACCGGCAAUCCGGCAUGAAUGUCGAUUAUACCAAAGGAGGAGCAGUCAUGUGUCGCUCCCUGAUAGCCAAAUAGAGCUUGUCAAUUUAUGUGUGACUCGUGGCAAGCCUGGUCAGCCAAGCACCAUGAGGAAGCCUGGCGUGUUUAGCGGCAGGUAGCAAUGGAAGAACUGGCGGCGAUGUGCAAGGUGGAAGUAGACGGGCGUGGUAGGGGCACCAAGUAUGGAAGUCAUGUGCUCCUGUCGGCGCUCGCUCCUGCCGCGGUCAAGCACUGACACAGAGAGCAACAAUGUCAAGAAUGUCGAGCUUUCCCAAUAAUUAUUCGACUUCAGCCGCCAGAAGAAUAUGAGCGAGGCUGCCAGCUGCCCCAAGAGCUGCCCCACUGUAACGGCACGAUUUC